AUGGCGGAAAGCAGAAGCGUCCGACUGUCAAUCAUGCAAACCGAGACUGAGCGAUUGACUCUAUCAGCUGCACGGCCAGUGUUCCUCAGAUGGGAUCGCUCUGCCACUGGUUAUGAUAAGAUUGCUACAUUAUGGAGAUGGGUUGCAGGUUUAGGUAAACGCAUGGCACUCAUCAGUGGAGCUCUGCGACCGUUGGAUGCCGGAAAAUUCGUCGUUGAGCAUGGAAGACUGAUCAAAAUCAAUGAAGAUGGUGUGCAGCGUGUGGCCAAAAUGAUCUACGAUGCUGCAAAAGAUGGCACAAUUGCAGAAGUGCAAUUUUCUGCGCAUGCUGUGCAUCCAUCGGGCAAGGGUAAGGCAGUUGUUGACUGGGUUUUCCUGACCGACACCAUCAACUUCUCAUUCUGGCCAGACAAGGGAGAUAAGUACGAUGUGACGUACAAGGGAACGAAAUAUACUGGUUACUUUGCGGGUUGUGCUGCAGUCAAUAAGGCACUUGACGCAGGAGUGAAACUAACGGAUGCAGAAUGGAUGUCGAAAGUUACUAGGGAACAGUUAGAUGACAUAUUCAAGUCUGAUGGCGGAUACUCUAUUCCCUUACUUGAUGAACGCCUCAAAGCUAUCAAUGACGCGGGGAAAGUCUUACUUGAGAAAUGGAACGGAUCCUUCUAUAAUUGUAUUCUUGCGGCUAAUAGGAGUGCUGAAAAGCUUCUGAACAUUAUUAUCGAGAACUUUGAGUCGUACAGAGAUUUUGCGGAGUUUCAAGGACGGAAAAUUGCGUUCCUGAAAAGAGCACAAAUCCUCAUAGCAGAUAUCUAUGAAGCGCUCAAGGAUAAUGAUCCUGCUUGUAACUUUACGGAUAUUGGAGCCUUAACGAUUUUCGCUGAUUAUCGGGUGCCGCAGGCUUUGGCUUACUUGGGAGUUCUGGAAUACUCAAAUGAACUUCUGGAAAUUCUAUCAAAAAAGCAGCAUUUGAAAAGUGGAAGCCCAGAAGAAGUUGAGCUGAGAGGCGCAACGAUUUGGGGAUGCGAGAAAAUCGUUUCGGCUAUAGAAAAAUUGCGUGCAGCAGAGGGUGGUGUCGUUCAACCCAUCUAUGCUAUCGAUGUCGAUGUAUAUGUAUGGGUUUAUCGUCGCAAGCAUGCUGCCGAAAUCGAGGGCAAGGUGCCCUUCCAUCGUACUCGUUGCAUCUACUACUAGGUUGACGUUACCAUAUCAUAGCUCACUUUCUUGUAGUUCAGUCAGAAUAGGUAAACUUGUUGUUAAUGCAUGAUGUUCAUAUCUGCAAUUUCCUGUGUUCUUGUUGAUUUUGUGCUUAAGCUUGUUAUUCUGUCAACUAAUAAAGAACUACU